CUCUUUUGGGACCCUCUGCGUCUUUAUCUAUAACUUUUUGUCCUUGUUUCUUUGCAGCUAUAUCGUCUUCCUUUCUUCUUCAACAGCCUCUUUCGUUUGUUAUAUAUUUGUUAAAUUGAUUGAUUAAUGUCUACUUCUUCGUCGUCUGACAAUGGUGGAAAUGGGAAUGGAAGUGGUAGAGGGAAUGGGAGUGGUAGAGGGAAUGGGAGUGGUAGAGGGAAUGGUAGCGGAGUAAGAGGAGAAUACGAAGGGCCACCAAGGACUCGUCCACGUACCAUUAACGAGGUCUGGCCUGAGCCUUUUCUAGAGGCUCUUGCUGCCCAGGUUGCCAUUGAUGCUUCUCGCAUUUUUGGCCGACUCGCCGCAGCUCAAGCUCUUGCCAAUGUGUUUCAGGUGUGUUCCACAUGGCGUGCCGUCUCUCGCUCCGAUCUCCUUUGGCGCCGUCUCUCUAGCCGUAUCUGGGGCCGCACUCACCUCCUCCAUGAUACGUGGCAUGAUGAGUAUAUUUACCGUCAUCGCACCGCUAGGAACUUCCGUACCGGUACAUCAUCCCAUUUUAACCUUCAUUUUGAUCCUGCUGAUGUCGACGACCCCAACGAUCCCGACGCUCUCAUGUGCCGCUGCCUUGCUCUUUCAGACAAAUACCUAGCCUGUGGCUUCGCUAACGGUGCCGUCCGCCUGUUCGACCUAGACACGCGUCUUCACGCGCGUACCUUCCUCCCCCAGCACCGUGACCGCCUGGGCCGAUUCUCCCGCGCUGUCUCAGGCAUCAUCAUUAACGAUGCCCAGUUAGUUUUUGCUACAUUAGAUGGGGACAUCCAUGUGGCAAUUAUAACCAGCAACGCAGCCCCACGUAGGGUCCACUUUGGUGACGUGGUGACUGACGGAGCACUGGUACACUUCACGGGUCGUGGGCAAUGGUGGGUGGGCCUUCAUGCUGGAGUUCCAGGCCGGGCCUUUCACAUAUGGGAUGGAAACACCGAACAACUCACUUACGUUGGGGGGUUACUGACGGAUCCGGACUCAGUUAGAGGUUGGCACACAUUAACCGAGUUGACCGAGUUAGUGGGUCGAGUAAGGGUUACGAACCAUGAAACGGCGGUGGCAUGCACGAGUAUGAGGCUGGUGGUAUUUAAUCUGCGAAACCCAGAGAUAAUACUGCAGCAGGAGGAGCCCAGGAGAGGACUCAUAGUAGGGUGUUUCGAUUUGUGGAACGAUGCUUACGUGGCGGUGGACAACAGAGGCCUGGGUAUCGUGCGCCGGGUGAGUACAUUUCAGGAGAUGUGCAGGUUUAAUGUGAGGCCACAUAGGGGGGCGAUAGGGUGCAUUAACGGAGGGUACGCGCUAAUAUGCGCAGGGGGUGUAACAAGAGUAUGGGAAAUAGAGCAGCGUGAAGGAGAAGAGCUAGGAGAAUUACGAGAGUAUCUGUACAAUUUGCGAGAGAGAGUAGGAGAGGUCAACGCCCUAGUGGCUGAUGAUAGACACGUGGCAGCAUCAUCAAGAGAGGGGUCUAUACACGUAUGGGACUUUGGGGCACAGUAGUAGGCGUAGGAACAGGACGAGUAGGGUGAAAGACUAAGAAUAACAAUGGCUGACUUUAGGAAAGAAGAGUUUGAGGGAUGCGGAUGGGCGUGUGAUACGCUGUUUCUCUGUCGCAGUCUCUCUCUAUCUCUGUGUGUUUAUGUUAGAAGAUGGUGAUUUGUAGUUCUAAUGCCGGGACUGGCACGGCUGGUGGACAGACUUCGAGCUGUUCCUUUACUGGUGCUUCCAUUAAUUUGCAAUUGUGACCUUUACCCAUUUGUUUCGAUCAAUAUUUGCAUCAUUCGCUCAUAUGGAUUUGGGUUUUGUCUUCCUUUUAAUGUUCUUGCCACCUUUUCGUUUGUAAUAUGAUAUUAAAGAGGAUGCCUACUUAUUUCAAGAUGAUUUA